AUGGCACGUAAAUUUUCAUGGACGUAUCCUUUACGAACGAAGGAAGCGGAACCGGUUGCUGAAAAAUUACUAGAGCAAUUCUAUUCUUUUGGCCCUCCGCGUAUUCUUCAAUCGGACAAUGGCGAAGAGUUCGUAGCGAAAGGGAUAAAAGACUUGAAAAAUACUUGGGUAGAUUUAGUCAUAAUCAACGCGAGAGCUCGCCAUCCAGAGACCCAAGGACUUAUUGAGCGCGGUAACCAAACGCUCGAGGUGGCUUUGGGAAAGUGGUUGAAGGGUUUAGGUCCUGUAACGCACGGGAUUAACACCAGCACUACUCAUACCACGAAAAAAACUCCAUACGAAGUUGUUUUUGGACAGCUUCCACGAUCCGAUUUCGAAAUGUGGAAAAAGUUGUCUGUUCAAUCUACGAAUAGUCCAAUUACAACUGGAGUGACACAUAAUCCUAGCAGGGACUGUCUGACAAACAACUCUCAUUCAAAUGAUGAAACGCCUCAACUUCAACCACCAGAAACAGAUUCGUGUUCGGUCAGUACUGCUGCUAGUUCUGCUCUUAAUGCUAUAGUCGCGACAGUGUGUUGUGAAUCAAUUCAUUCGCAUUCUGAUUCCGACAGCUAUGGAACUGUUGAAGAUGUUUGCUUUGUGAUUAACGAAAAUGGUACUCAAGUUCCGGAUACGCAUAUAGAUGACAACAGACAUAAACGAAUUCGAGGUGCAGCAGAAGCUGAUUAUAUGAAAGCGAUUGCCAAGCGACAAAAGAUCUAUGAUGAAGCCAUGAAACAAAAACAGUAUCAGAAAGGAGAUCUCGUUGGCCUCAAAAUUGAUCGUGUGGAUCGAACGAAUACAACGCCAAAAAUUCUUCCCUGCAAAGUUGUGUCAAUUCGUUGCUCUUCUAAUAAUGAUCUGUUGUAUCACUUAUGCACGUUGCGGGGCGUUCUAUCAAUAUCUUAUGGUGUUCAAGAUCUAUUGGAUUUAGAUAAAUGUUAUUUUGCAGGCUUACGUGCUGUGGAACCAACGACGUUACCGACGAUGACAUUCAUUCAAGCAUGUAAAAAAUAUAUUUCAGUUGGUGCGCUUAAUCUUGUAGAAGCGUGCAACUGUUCAGAAAAAUGUUCCACAAAAGCUUGCCCGUGUAAGAUUAAAGAUGUCAAGUAUUGCACGAAGUGUCAUCCGGGGAAAAAAGAUUCCUGUGCUAAUGUUUGA